AUGGCCGACACUCCGCCCCACGACAUCGGCUUGGCUGAGUUCAGACAACCUGCUGAAGAGUUAUCCUCUCGUCCUCGGCAUUCAUCGAAACACGGCGAAAGCAGGGAUUUCAGCAGCUUUAGCCUUAGACGACCUGGUUGGGAGUUACCCACUCCUCCCCAACCCUCCUCAAGUCACGGCGAAAGCAGCUCUGGUUUUGGACUACCUACCGAAGAGUUGCCCUCUCCUCCGAGACACUCCUCGAAUCAGGAGAUCAGCAGCGCUUUCAGCAGCUCUGCCAACCCCGAUGAGGAUUGGACCAAAAUCUCAGAUCUUGCCGAGCGCAGGAGGAUACAGAACCGCAUCGCUCAGCGCAACUACCGCAAAAGGCUUAAACGCCGUCUGGAGGAUCUUGAACGCCGCGCUGGACCAGAACAGAGUGAUGAUGUCGAGCAACCUUUGUCUGAUAACCCUGAUUGGGAUAUUACUUCAGUUUACAGACUGGAAUCCGAGGAAUGGCAGCAACAGAAGCCUAACCCUGCAGACUGGGGCCCGGAAGAUGACCAGCUGCUGUUGAUAACCCGCAUGCUAGGCCUCACCUGGAAAGAAAUCGGUCAAUACCUCCAAUUCAAGACGCCUUACGCCUGCUUCAUACGUCAUGAGUGGCUAAUGGCAGAAAGGGCGGUCGUCGACAGCUGGGAUCCUCCCAAAAUGCAUAACCUAGCCAAGGAAUAUAUGAGCAUGCAUGAAGAGAUUUGGAGCGGGUUAGCAGCUCGAAUUGGGGAGGAUUGGAGAGUUGUUGAAGAAAAGUGCAUGCCUAGCAGCUCUCAAAGCUCUGAGAAUGCUAAAGCGGUUGAUGGGCGGGAAGGUGUGAUAAAAGAGUAUCUGAGUAUGCGUAAGGAGAUCUGGAGCGGCUUGGCAGCUCGAAUCGAAGAAGAGUGGUACGCCGUCGAAGAAAAGUGUAUGUCAAAGGGACUCAAACUCCUCCAAAGAACAGCCGAAUUACUCGAGAAGCGCGAAAAGUUAAAACGGCUGAAAGUUCAAAGGGAACUCAGACAGCUACAGCAACCCUCCCCUGACCACCCAAUAGAGUCACUGUUAUAUCAUGAACCUCCGCAGUAUCCAUCUAAUCAAGGAAUGUGGGAAGAAAACACGGCGGCGCCUUACAUAAAUGAUAAACAACAGUCACAGGUCUUGCAGAACGACCUGAUCUCAACUCCACAGGAGCAAAAUCGCCCAUAUAGGAAGCCAACAUACGAUCUGGCCGAUAAGGCAAAACACAGAGAAAAUGCUAUUCCACCUCGUGUGAAUGACAGGCAGCCAUCGAGAGACUUGCGCGGCGGCCAAGCCUCAGGCACACCCACACCUAUAAAGCCACCAACUAGAGCAAACCGCCUAUCACACAUGCGCUUACUUUCCUGGAUAAGGAAAAUAGCUAGACCUAGGCUUAAGCCGGGCUAUAGAAGAAUAGAAUGGACCUGCGACUGUGGCGUGGACUUGUACGGCGACUUUGUCGAAACUAAGACGUCUGAUUUAGAUGACCUGAAAUCGUCAUUAGACACGUCUGUUGAUGAGAAAUCUACAAACAGCUCGAGUGAUUCGGAGCAGUCUCAGACCAAUCCGCAUCACAUGAUCUCAAGGUCUUCAAGUUCGAGCAGGACAACUUCAAGCAGGACAAGUUCGAACAGGACAUCUUUGUCAACAGGUAGCACUGACGCAUCUAGUGUCGAUGCAAUCCCUCCCAAAUUCCUCGCCCUAUGUGUCAAUACCGGCGGAAUGUAUAAGACACUGGCCGAAUUAGACAUGUCGCGUAUAAACUCCGACUCAGAGGCCUUUUCGCAGAUGAAGAAGGCCUAUCUACAGUACCGGGGCGUGCGUUCCCGCCUGCAUUUCCUGGUGAAGCCGGUAACCGUCGAGUUUGUCCGCUUCACUCUCUGGAAUUUGCGUCACGGAUACGUCUCGGUAUGUGAUAGACCCAACUCGAUGCCCCCCAAUACCUGCAUCGACUACGAGUUCAUACCACCGCCAAUGCCUCCCGAAAUCUUUGUGCAUUAUCUCGAGCACGGCGACGGUGACCUUAGCCCAAACCGGUACACCUGGCUACCACGACUCCCAAAGAGGCGGAACCACAAGGUCGUUGACUGUGGAGAAGCGACUGAGGGUUGGGGCAUUCACGUCAUCGAAGGCCCGAAUCGUGCAGCUGUAUUUUGGAUCGUUAUGGUUACCAUCUCGAUUAGUAUAUUAGCGAGCGUGUUGUGGACCACGUUAAAGGGCGAUAUCCAGGGCGGUAUGGGGCUCGGGGCUCUUAUUGUUGCUUUGCCGCCUGUGAUAAUGGCUGCUUUUCUCUUUCGGCUGGGAGCAACUUAA